AUGAAGAUCUUUGAGCAGGUCCUCGACGCCAGACUCCGCAAGACAGUCAGUGUCACAUUGAACCAAUGUGGUUUUGUCAAAGGAUGUGGGAUGACAGACGCCAUCCACACUGCCCGGUUGCUCUUGGAGAAGCACCGGGAGAAGAACAAGUCCGUCCACAUGGCGUUCGUGGAUUUGGAGAAAGCGUUCUUUGAUCAGAUCCCACAUGAGCUCAAAUGCCAUGCCUUACAAUUACACAACGUCCAAGAGGCCUACAUCCAAUGGGUCCAGCUUCUUUACCGCAACGUCACCAGCGUCGUCCGAGGCCCUGUGGGCACUUCACCGCCUUUCGCCAUCAACGUCGGCGUUCACCAAGGAUCGGCCCUUUCGCCCCUGCUCUUUGUGCUCUGCAUAGACACGGCGAUGGCCGACCUCCAGGCACCUCACCCGUGGUCGCUGCUCUACGCCGACGAUGUCUUCUUGGUGGAUGAAGAAUGCCAAGAGCUCCAACACCAAAUACAGAGAUAGAAGAUCCGAAUGGACGAGCAUGGAAUGCGGCUGAACACCAAGAAGACCGAGCACAUGGAGUGCGGCCCUCAAACGGAUGGAACUAUCAGCAUCAGUAGUGAAGAUCUCAAGAAAGUGAUGCAGUUUAAAUACCUUGGCUCCAUCAUCAGCAGCAAUUGCGACACCCUCUCAGACCCCAUGGCCAGAGUGAACGCGGCGUGGAUGUAGUGGUGCCAGGUCACCGGCGUUCUAUGCAAUUGCUG